AUGUCCCAUUUUGCUCUGCACGAAUACACUACAGCUCCACCCUGGUCCGUAAAAGACUCUUUUGCCGCCCUCAAAAACAAGGCAUUGCACCAUCCUUCCUCAGAGUACCUGAUACCCUCCGAGUCCAUCCCUGGCAAUGAGGUUCCUUCCAUUAGAUACCACGGGAACCUUUUGGCUUACUUUCGACAUGUUCAAGACCCUGAUAUACCUUCCCGUAAUUAUACUCUUUUGCGAGUCUGGUCCUUAGCACUUGAGCAGCCCAUGAUGUCUUUCAAGUACCAAUGGUCCACCAGUACCCCACCUCCAUGGAUCUCUUCGCCAAAAUUGCAAGUGGCCGAUAUGGCACUUUCUGAUUCUAUCAUGGCCUUUACAUCAACGGAAAAUCAGCUAAUUUUUGUCCGGUUAAAAGGAUCAGCACAGAUUCCUUCUGAAUUUGUUGAGUCUUUGGACCUUUCUCCAGUUUUGACGCACCAUGGAAUGACCCAGUCUUUAUGUGUUUCACUCUCAGCUUAUCAAAACAAACUUUCUCUUCUCCUCCAGGGAUAUUCAGCCACCCAAGGCCAGUACACCACUCUUCUACUUUUAAUCAGUAUCCCACACAGUCUCGAGUCUCCUUCAAUUGUUCACUUUGUCAUUGCACCUACCCUUUCCGUUCAUAUGUUUUCACCCGAGUCUAAGCUUGUAUGUCUUAAUCCAAGUCAUUACGCACUUUUGAUUGAAUACUUGGAUUUCCGUAAGUGUACCAACUUCAAACUCAUCUUUAUACCCACCAACAAGUCGCAAAUGGCGGCUCCGCGGAUUGUAUCGUUUGCACCGCACUCGUCAAGAUACCUUUCUGUGAUUCACAAUACCAAACUUAGCUACAAUUGGAAGACCCAAACAUCUCAAGCUACAUUUGAAGUCAUUAGUCGAAGCUCUCCUCACUCGGAACAGAUUGCAUCUUCGAGCUUAUACGACCUGGCAAAGUCUUUUUCCACCCCGGUAUUUUGUAUCGUUGCUUCUGAUACCUCCACUAUUUCCACAAUUUCUUCUCGUUUAAAUUCCCCGUGGGCAAUGCCGGUCGCAUUAAUGCAUCUUUUGAUUUUUUUAGUUUUAUUACCCCUCCUCUUUAUACCCGUCUCCGUCACACAGCUUACUGUAACGCUUACAGAAACUCAGGAAACCCCGCCACAAAAGGGAAUAUUACCUUGGCGACCCCAUAAAGAACGGUUCAAAAAGUCUACACAAACUGUUGCCCUGGGGGAUGGAUCGGCAAUUGCUACAUGCUCUCUUACAACACGCCAUUACUCGCGUGCAAUCACUGAUGGUGAUGGACCAGAUCCUUUUAUGCGGAUUAUUUGUGCGGGGUCGAACCAUUUUGCAGUUGAAGACAGCCAUGGCCCGACAACUUCAGGAACUUUGCGGCUUGUUAAGUUUACUGAUACGUUAGCAUCUUCUUUAGCCUAUUCACGACCAAGCACCUUACGACUGUUUUCUAUUGGGUGUUAUGUGGGGUGCUUGCUUGCAUUUGCUGUAGCCAUUUGGUCCGUUUUAAUUCUGAUGCCUCAGGCUAAAAUGGAUCUCUUAGUGCAGCUUGCAAUUUGCGACGCGGCUUCAGUUUUUCUCUUAGCCGUGUGUCAAGACAUUAUGUUGCUGGGAAUUCACACACGAUAUAGGUGGCGCAAGUACAAGUAUAGUAAACGAAAAGAUGUAUGGGAAGCUUGA